GUGACAUACAUGCAGAUGAUAAACAUGUUGGAGCAGCUCAAAAAUCUCAAAACGGAAUUAGACUCUGCUAAAAUCCCCUCAUCAAGAAGGGGAAAAAGUGGAAAACUCCAGAACCACAGACAAAAGGUUCACGAGAGGACCUCACCUUUGACGUCCAGUUUGAAGGGAUGGAAUGGCAAGAAUUAACAACUUACCUCCUGAACUUCGCAAAGGAGAAUUUUGCAGAGGUCCCUGAGAUCGCUAGACAUAUCACCGAGAACGUCACCGAGACGAUCAACGUUAUAAAGAAAAUAGAACAAGAAAUGGAGAGGAUGAAAACGGAGAUCACAAAUAAGUCAACACUGAUCGAGAAAUUACAGAAGAGCAAAAGCGCUAGCGAAGACGGGGAAGCAAAGGGACCAUCCCCUUCAGACUUACAGUUGAAGAAAGGCUCAAAGAAUUUUGCUCAACCGAUGAAGAAGGGUUGGAGUGACGUGGAGGAGAGGAAAGCAGAACCGGGUACCCUCGCUACCAUAUCUCUCGGGGGAUUUUCCGUCUUAGGUGCAGAACAAAUGAGCGGAGGGCUGAGACCAUAUUCGACGUCACAGCACGUGAAGAAACCAGGAGACCAGUCUCGUGAAAACAGUGUGGACAUCCCUGUACCGCAGCGGGACUCGAUCGUACCUGAUGAAGAAAGUACAACGAAAAUGGAGCCGGCAGAGCUACAGAAGUUGUUGCGAGCUCACAUCGGUAUCAGCAUCAAUCACAUCAAGACCGUAUCGAGGGAGCUGAUGAGGUUGAGGAAGGCUGCUCGACGCGAUAUUGAGACGAUCAAGAGUAAGGAAAUGGAUGUCCACGAGGUGGAACAAAAGUUAAGAGAACUUAUGGGUGUGGUAAACCCAAGCUCAAGCCAGUUGCCAGAAGUGAAGAAAACAGAUGAUGCCAUCCUUUUACGAAGUCGUGCCCCUGGGACGCACACGUGUAACUACUGUGAAUGCCACAAGAAGACCACCAAGACCACUGUCGUGGCCAGAGCGGACUCCACGACUAACAUGGAGGAGGUCAGCAAACACUGUUCACGGUAUCUUCAGAUGUUGGGAGAGACCGAGCAGGUCUUCCAGAGAGCUUUCCAUCGCCUAGAGGACAUCAUGAGAGAGCUCCAGCUCUGUCAGUCUAACACAAUGUGGAAGGAAGGAACUCUUUCCGAGCUUUCAAUGCUCAAUCCGGCGAAUGACAAUGAGAUACUGGAGCAGGUCAGCAAUGCUCAGGACAUUCCAGAAACGACACAGGACUUGAUUCAGCAUGCCAACAACUGCUUCAAACUCCUUCGCAUCUUCUACAAGGACCUGGAAUUCCUCAUACAACUGUCCGGAAGAUGUGUUGCUGAAGUCGCAGAACAGGACGAACGUCUGAGGGAACAGAACACCUUGCUGGGUUGCGUCAAAGACCUGUUUGAUCGAAAAGGACUGGACUUUGCCAGACUUAAGUUCAGCGAAAACCAGUUACAGACAAUGGAUAUGCUGGCGGGCCUGGUGUGUCCUUACUGCUAUUGUCCUAAUGAGGAUCGGCUGAGCGAUGACUCGACAAAGGAGAAGCCCAGUCGUCUGGCGAAAGACGAAAUACUUUCUUCACUGCAGAAGGGAGAUUCUGUCAAGACAAAGAUCGACGUCAUGGCAGAUGCUCUUGGUUCGAUCCUGAAAGAAGUUGACAAGAAUGCAGAAAAUCAGGCGAGCCAGAGUAAAGAGGAGGAGAAGGCGCGGAAAGAGGCGCUAGAGGCCAUGAGGGAGGCACGCAGCUGGCUGGAAAAGGCCUCGCAACGGGCGCCCUUUCUUCAGAUCAAGGCGAGAGGCCCGGAAGCAAAUGACGUCAUUUGUCUCAAGUCGCUGACUACAACUAACGUCAUAGCGCCUGACGUCACUCGUAAGGAUUCCCAUGAGAGAGGGAUGCGCGUGGACCUGGCCGGGGAUCAGGAUGGUGAAAGAGGGGAGAUGUCGAAGGGAGAGAGGCUGCUCGUCACGAGGUCACCAAGAGAAGGGAAGAACUCCACAGGAAAGGAGCAGGUAUUCCACGACAGUGUGAUCCACGUCCCGGAGUCUUGCCCCUCGCCAACUAAGGACAGAAUACGACGAUUGUCGACUAUAGGAGUGAAAGAACAGAAAGAAAAGCCUACAAAUGGGAAGGAAGCAGACGGCCCAAAACAGACUGCCUCCAAAAGUAGACAAUCGACGAAUUUCGUGUCAAGCUCAGCAGCAACCAGUUUUAUGACAACUCCUGAAUCUCAGGUUAAAGGCAAUAGGGAACAGAGCGAGGUAUCAGAGUCCAAAGCCAUGCCUGUGGACGAAGGCACAGCCGAAGCUGAAGUAAGGCAGAAGGACGGCAAGGAAGAAGGCAACGUGGACAUCAAAGCAGAGGUCAAAGGACAAAUCGGAGUUCUUAGAUAAUCCGGUAAAAACUGCGACAGAAACCCAGCACGACACCGACACAACAUUCAGCAAAGCGAAUUCUGGUGCAGCUGCAAAGAGAAAGUCCUCGUUCGUUGCAAGUACCGACAAAGCUGCAAAGUCAAAGGGUAAAGGUCAGAAGAAAAGCACAAAAAUGAGAACAAGCUACAGUCCUGAGGUAGGGAGGGAGGGAGAAGUGGAGGACGGCCAAUCAGUAUCAGACAGCCUCGACGUUAGCAAUUCUAAGGAUAUGAUGUCGACGCAAGGAAAGCUUGAACAAGAAGAUGGGCAGCAGGGGAUCCAGAAAGAAGAAUGGCUACCCAAGCAGACGAAGUUUGAUAGUGGCAUCCUGGAAAAUGGCAUUCAAGGUGAAGUAGGUCGCGCUGUCAAGGACGUCUCCGAUUAUUUUGCGUGCUCCAGUCUUCCUCGAGACUCAUCCAAGUCCGACCAGACUUAGAAGAGGAGACAUUGCGUCGCUACGCUGAGGUGACGUUUGAUGACCCAUUGAUUCCCCUGAGAGAGAGGAAAGAAUAUGACGCACCAACUCCGGAAUAUCCACAGAGUAAACUAAAGCAAACAUCGUGGAAAGCCUUAACCCGGAAAGUAAAAGUUGGUGAGUCGCAGCGUAGCUUAAAAGACAUUGCAGAUGAAAUGGAGGAAUCUCUCGUCAAAAGUAAACUAAAGCCCGAGCUGACGUUGUACGGCAAAAGGACACAGCCAAGGACAUCGUACCUUUCACCAUUGACGACUCAGAGCAUCAAGCAUCGAGUCCAUGACACGCUCGCCCACAAGUCAUCUGACCCCAUCAGACUUUCUGAGCAUGACAGACUGAGAGCUAAGACAAAGUCGCCAAUACCUGGUUCAGAGGAAAGUAAUGUCCUUGCGACGGGUCUGCUAAGAAACCUUCAACCUAUCAGUACAGCAAGAGACUACUACGGACCAGCAAAGGUGGAAGCACCGAUGAAAAAGAUUAUCAAAAUGCCGAGUAUAGUCGAAACAAUUCUUGAGGAGGACGGUUUCAUGUCCUUUGGCAUGGGGACUCAGCCCCCAACUACAAGCCCGACUGGUAGAGGCAGAGAAAAAUGUAGAGAAAACAAUGACCCGAACCUUGAAGGCGAUGACCGCAUGACCAUCUGGAAAGUCCUUGGAUUAAAUUCCACUCCAACUAAAAAGCCUAUCAGGAUGAAUACACUAAAGCAACGAGCUCUAGGAACGUUCCGCCACGAUUCUCUCUCCUCCAGCAAAGGUGAAUCUUGGGGUAAAGUUGGCGACCCACUCUCAGAUACUGCCAGAUCAACGGUCGCUGGUGUGGGGCAAGCUUCUCCUGAGAUUUAUGUCUCAGAAGACCUCAUCUUAAAUAUUCGAAAAAUGCAGGAAGACCAGCCCCUGCCUCCACUGAAGGGACAGUUCCUUCACAACAAAUCGACUUUUCUUUCGCUCUCAGAUCCCCACCAGAGGAAUACGAUCAUGGAAGAGUCAGAUGCAUGGACACUGUCAAGAAUCCUUGAGACAGAAGAAGAAGAUAGGAAACGUUCACACGCCCCACGCCUCCCGUUACAUAAGUAUAGGGGGCCCUCUCUGUCACGAAAGGUACAAAUACCAGCGAGAAAGUCCAGACUAAGUCCUACCAUGACUUCGUCAGAGGAAAGCUUGCUGUGUCUUCUGUGCUACUGUAAUAGUCAGAGAGUUGGAGAGGACGAACGCCAGAGUCUGCUUAGUCGCGAAGGCAAACUUUCUACGUCCAGCCCAUUGCAGAACACCCCAGAAUCCUGUCUCUGUUCCCUGGUGCCUUUCAGCUCGGGUACGUUUCCGUACUACCAUCUAGGUUACAGUCUACAUUUUGCACAAGCUUUGUGUGGUUUUGGUAAGAAAAAGCAUACACCAAAAGAAUCAUCACAUAAUUCCCUUUUUGGUCACCUUUACAAGCCACCUGCAGCACUUCACCUCGGAGAUCCGCAUCGGCAUGAUCUUUGUGUCAGGAAUUCUGCUCUUAGAACAAACUGGAAUUAUCAUCAUGCCAUAAUUGACCCACAGUUGAUUGUGAAACAUGACUCUGAUGUUCUGCCAGAGAAAGAGUGGGAAUGUAGCGCCUUACAGCACACUGCAGAUGACCUGGUCAGACACGACUGACACCGAGCAUAGGACUGGUCAGCAAACCUUCAUUUCCAGUGACUGUGCCUAUUUGGGGAAAAAGAUUGAUGCUUUCUGUGCACUUCUACCAUCCUCUUAAAGAUUAGCAUCAGGAAUAGGACGUUCUAGUGCCGUAAUCCACACCCACAGAAACUUGACCACCUACAAGCUGCCUCCACUGAGGUUGCCAACACAAGGAAGCCUGCAGCUGGUCCUGUGAGACUAACUUCUCUUCCCUGAACUGGUACGAAGCCUUUCAUUUUAGCAUACCUGAGUUCUUUGAUGGCUUUAGUGCAAGCUGUGUAAAUGUUGCUUUGAAAGUUCUAUUGUGGAUCAAAGCCUUCAGCUGGUAGAUGUGAUCAGGAAGCAGAGACUGGCCAUGAAGGUUAGGUGUCCAAAACACACUCCUGCAUUUUAAGAGUAUCUUCAGCUGCAGAUUUAUUCAAUCUGGAGCAGAAAUGAGCAUUUGAGAUGUGCCUUUAUUCUGGCAGCAGUCUUUCAUUUAAAUUUGCGUAUGUGAAGGUGUAUACAGAUGCGGAUGUGUGGGGUGGAGGUGAUGGAAAAUUGUGAUGCUGUAUAAUUUCCACAACAAUAAAAUAAUUUUAUUGGUA